GAAUCAGAAAAGUAACAUUGAUUACCUCUUGGCUAAGUGGUAGUUGGUCAAACUAGUUCUUAACAUAGUGACUAUGUUUAUGCAACUGGCCCUUGGUUCUGAAGAAAACAAGUCUCUUGAGGUCGCCUCAGCAGUGAAAUCAGUUUCCUGAACUGCCGCAGCCUGGAAUGUGCCGAUCUCGCGUCACGUGACUCCAGAUCCAAAAUGGCCGCGUCGGUGUUUUGACGAAUAAUACUUUUGUGUUUGUUUCAUUCUUAAAAGAUACCGAAUAUAACCCUUCCAUAUCGGAAAAAAUCAGCCACGCGCGUUUGAUGUUUUAAUAUAAAGAUUUAAAUUAGACAAUCACAGCUCAUUGAUAUUUGUUUUAUGGUUCAGACUAUGCACUUUUGGUGUUUAUAAGGAAGCUAGCUGACUGGCUAGCAACAUAAUUAAGCUGAAAAUUAAAAGAAAGGCAAUGGAGCAGCUCAGUCCUGAAGAGAUCCGUAGAAGGCGACUGGCCCGGUUAGCUGGAGGGCAGACGUCACAGCCCAGCACCCCUUUGACAUCUCCACAGAGAGAGACUCCCCCAGGACCCUUGCCAGGGCCCUCCGGGGCCUCAUCACAGCCUGUCCCACCAGCUCCAUCUCACACUCUGGGCUUAAAUGCCCAAAAUGUCACCCCUGCCACCUCUCCUAUGGGGGCCUCGGGGGUUGCUUACCGCAGCCAGAGCAGCGAGGGGGUCAGCUCUCUCUCCAGCUCUCCAUCUAACAGUCUGGAGACACAGUCCCAAUCCCUGUCCCGCUCACAGAGCAUGGACAUUGACACAGCCUCCUGCGAGAAGAGCAUGUCCCAAGUAGAUGUGGACUCAGGAAUUGAGAAUAUGGAGGUGGAUGACAGUGAUCGCAGAGAGAAAAGGAACCUGGCUGAAAAGGAUUCCUCAUCCAGUUCUGACGUCUCUGAAGAGCAGGCUUUGCACCUUAUCUGUAAGAUCUUGCGUGUUUCCUGGAAGGAGCAGGACCGUGAUGUCAUCUUUCUCCCCUCACUUGCUGCUGAAUUCCAGAAGAAUCCUAGGGAUGUUUACUCUGACUUCAGAGACCUGAUUGGACAGAUUUUAAUGGAGGCUCUCAUGAUGUCCACCCGUUCGCGUGACUGUAACCCAUUCGCCAGCUUGACCGCCACAUCUCAGCCAAUUACCGCUGCCAGAUCACCGAACUGUCACCUGACUCUCGUCCCACACUCCAGCCAGAGCGGCAGUCCCAUGAUGCCCUGCGCUGGUUCAUUCGGUGCCAGCUCUCUUUCCAGCCUGGGUGCAUCCGGAGGGGGGAUGGCUGGUGACUCAGGUAGUGACCGCUUUACCAUAGAGUCCUGUAAAGAGACGGAGAUGCUCAACUACCUCAUCGAGCGUUUUGACUGUGUGGGAAUGGAAGAGAGGAAGGCCCCAAAGAUGUGCAGCCAGCCAGCUGUCAGUCAGCUGCUUAGCAACAUUCGUUCCCAGUGCAUUUCCCAUGCUGCACUAGUGCUUCAAGGUACCCUCACACAGCCCAGGACCCCUCUACAGCCCUCCCUACUGGUUCCCUACAUGCUGUGCCGGAACCUUCCGUAUGGCUUCAUCCAGGAGUUGGUGCGCAUGACUCAUCAGGAGGAGGAUGUGUUUAAACAGAUCUUCGUUCCCAUUCUUCAAGGGCUCACUUUAGCUGUAAAAGAAUGUUCUUUUGACAGUGACAACUUCAAGUUCCCUCUGAUGGCUUUGGCUGAGCUUUGUGAAAUCAAGUUUGGGAAGACUCACCCUGUAUGCAAUUUGAUCACCUCUCUGCCAUUGUGGUGUCCUGACCCUCUCAGUCCCGGGACAGGAAGAGAAAUUCAAAGCCUCUCCUUUCUCGGAGCAUUCUUCAGUCUUUCUGUGUUUGCUGAGGAUGACACUAAAGUGGGAGACAAGUUCUUCUCCGGCCCUGCCAUCACUAUGGAGAACACCCGUGUGGUCAGCCAGUCACUGCAGCAUUAUCUGGAGUCCGCGAGGGGAGAUCUGUUUAAAAUCCUGCACAACAUCUUGUUGAACGGAGAGACAAGGGAAGCAGCUCUGAGCUACAUGGCAGCUCUGGUGAAUCGUAAUGUGAAGAAGGCUCAAAUGCAGACCGAUGAUAAGCUGGUGUCCACAGACGGCUUCAUGCUGAACUUCCUGUGGGUGCUGCAGCAACUCAGUAUGAAGAUCAAGCUGGAAACAGUGGAUGCUCUCUACAUCUUCCACCCUAAGUGUCGGCUGAAUGUCAGCACGGAAGAGACCCGGCUCAAUGCCACGAUGGAGGACCUGAAGAGCUGGCUCACUGAGCUGCAUGAAGACUCGUCCAAGUUCUCAGAGCCCAAGUUCCCUACAGAGUGCUUCUUCUUAACGCUACACGCACAUCAUCUGUCCAUCCUCCCAUGCUGUCGCAUGCAACAGAAGUGCAAACUGGUGCGCUCUAAAGCCUGCGCAGACGCAGGGCUGCUGGAUGAGAACCUGCUGCGCAGAUGUCUGCAGUUCUUCAGUAUGGUCAUCCAGCUCAUCUUGCGUAUGGUGGAACCUGCCUACCCAGGCGUAACCCUGCCUCUGAACCCAGAAAUCCCCAAAAGUUUUGCAGCACUGCCAGAGUUUUACAUUGAAGAUGUGGCCGAGUUCUUGCUUUUUAUUGUGCAGUACUUUCCACAGGUUCUCUAUGAGCCGUGCACUGAAGACAUUGUGAACUUUCUGGUGGUCUUCAUUUGCAGUCAGAAUUACAUAAAGAACCCAUACUUGAUCGCCAAGCUGGUGGAGGUGCUGUUUGUCACCAAUCCUGCAGUGCAGCCGCGUACUCAGCGAUUCUUUGAGAUGAUGGAGAACCACCCACUGUCUAUCAAUCAGCUUGUGCCAGCUCUCAUGAAGUUUUACACCGAUGUGGAGCACACUGGAGCCACAAGCGAGUUCUAUGACAAGUUCACCAUCCGUUACCACAUCAGCACCAUAUUCAAAAGCCUAUGGCAAAACAUUAACCACCAAGGCACCUUCCUGGAGGAGUUCAACUCUGGUAAACAGUUUGUACGCUACAUCAACAUGCUAAUUAACGAUACAACUUUUCUGCUGGACGAGAGUUUGGAGUCUCUGAAACGCAUCCAUGAGAUGCAGGAGGAGAUGAAGAAUAAAGAGCAAUGGGACCAGCUGCCCAGGGAGCAGCAGCAGAGCCGACAGUCCCAGCUGACUCAGGAUGAGAGAGUAUCACGAUCGUACCUGGCUUUAGCCACAGAGACAGUGGAUAUGUUCCAUAUCCUCACCAAACAGGUCCAGAAGCCCUUCCUCAGGCCUGAACUGGGUCCUCGUCUGGCUGCCAUGUUGAAUUAUAACCUGCAGCAGCUAUGUGGGCCUAAAUGUCGAGACUUGAAGGUGGAAAACCCAGAAAAAUAUGGUUUUGAGCCAAAGAAGCUCCUGGAUCAACUCACUGACAUUUAUCUGCAGCUGGACUGUGCACGGUUUGCUAAAGCCAUUGCAGAUGACCAGCGGUCAUACAGCAGGGAGCUGUUUGAGGAGGUCAUUUCAAAAAUGAGGAAAGCGGGCAUAAAAUCCACCAUUGCUAUUGAGAAAUUCAAACUUCUGUUGGAAAAGGUAGAGGAGAUAGUAGCCCGCAAUUCUCAGUCUGAGAUGGAUUACAACGAUGCCCCAGAUGAGUUUAAAGACCCGCUGAUGGACACUCUCAUGACUGAUCCCGUGCAACUUCCUUCUGGCAACAUCAUGGAUCGAGCCAUCAUUCUGCGACACCUCCUGAACUCUCCCACUGACCCCUUCAACAGACAGCCUCUCACCGAGAGCAUGCUGGAACCAGUCCCAGAGCUGAAGGCGCGUAUCCAGGCCUGGAUGAGAGAGAAGCAGAGUGGCCGUGUUUGAGUUUUCUCAGUGAGCCAAGCUUGCCCUGCAGUUUAAAUGUUUCACCAAGCUGGAAGUGAACUGAAGAGAGAGAAGGAGAAAUAAAAGAUGACAGUACCCAAAUUGUUUUCCUCCCUUUAUCCUCUUUAUCGAGCCACUGUCUGAAAGGCUCAUGGUUCUAAAUUGAAACAUAAUAAAGUUUAGACUUUUGAAACAUUUUGAUUUUGAAUUUGUAUGUCUGCACAUACAUACCAAGCUGAAAGAGCACACAGUUUUACCACCCCAAAGUUAACAAAUUUGGAUAUAUAAAGAAAUUGCUUCCCAUUGUGUUUUUGUUGUCCUCACGGAUGCAUUUUAGUGGUUCUCAUGGUAAGGGAAAACAUUGAGGAAGGGGAUCCAUUUCAUGUUUGUGAAGAAUGUUAAGUAACACCAGUAUUUCCAUUUUUUCCAUUUACACUCAGUAGAAUGACAAAACAUUGGCUGUAGACAUGCAGUUUACCAUUCAGUCAGUUUAUUUUAUAUGGUUGGAGGAAUACAAUACAUUUUAAAUAAUCAAAUUAACAAGCUCUAGACUGUCUUGUAGAAAAUACAAUAGAUGUUGGUGUAAAUUGAUGGACACAUGCCAGUGGAGCAUCAGAUGGUGAUUGACUCUGUAUUAGAAUUUUGUUGGUUUGCAUAGAAAUCUCAUAUGUACACGGUGUGACUAAAAUUGGACUAAAAUCUGAAUCGGAGCUCAAACCCAGGAUCAAAUCAAAGAAUGUGAUGCUGUGUUGUAACAUGAUCGUCAUAAAAAUGCCAGUACAUCAUGUUUUUUGUUCUGUUCUCCAACAUUUUUUGGAUCCUAAAGGUUCGUCAUCACUUGUUAUUACUAUUAACCCCAGUUGUUGGAUGUAAGAGUUUUUCCAGUGACUUAAAGGGUUUAUCUGUACAGGAAUUUGCUUCCUUUGCUACAAACUUCUUUUGGACCCAGCUCCUUGAACUGUAAUAAAUGGUAAUGCACACACAAUGAUAGCUGUUGCAUUUC